CACUUCAUGAGGCACACAGGGAUGUUUUGGGCUCUCUGCUGAGCUGUGCAGGGAUCCCUCAUGAGGCACACAGGGAUGUUUUGGGCUCUCUGCUGAGCUGUGCAGGGAUCCCUCAUGAGGCACACAGGGAUGUUUUGGGCUCUCUGCUGAGCUGUGCAGGGAUCCCUCAUGAGGCACACAGGGAUGUUUUGGGCUCUCUGCUGAGCUGUGCAGGGAUCCCUCAUGAGGCACACAGGGAUGUUUUGGGCUCUCUGCUGAGCUGUGCAGGGAUCCCUCAUGAGGCACACAGGAGUAUUUCUGGCCUCUCCUAAGCUGUGCAGGGAUCCCUCAUGAGCUGUGCACCAGGGUAAAUGUCAGGGGGUUUUUCACUCUUCACAGCACAGCAAAGGGACACUUGGCCAAGGUUUUGCAAGGCUGGGAGAAAGCCUCUUGCAAAGCCUGGGGCCCAAAAGGCUGUGGGCACAGCGGCCGGGCGGAGCCCAUCCCCUGGGGCCAGGCCGGGCUGCUCAGGCCGGGCCGGGCCGGGCCGGGCCAGGCCAGGGCCCCGGCAGGGAAGGGCCGCGGCCCUGGGCUCUGAUGAGGCUGCUGAGCUCCGCCCUGGCCCUGUGCUGCAGCCCAAGACAUUUCCAGCCAGGGCCGUGCCCUGGGCCACAGGAGGCACCGGGGCUACAAGUGAGGCCGCGCCUUCUGGCUCUCAAGGGGGCUGGCUCUGUUCCCUGGGAGGAUGCAGAGCCUUGUGCCUCGGCCUGAUGGGGCCAAAAUCACCCCAACAUCCCUCUGUUUGCAAAAAUAAAGGCUUUGCGCUCAUUCAUAGGAAAAGCUGUAGGAGUGGCCUGCAGCUAAUGUUCUUUUGUUGGCUGGACCCCAGUCAAUGUCAGCAGGCAAAAGAAAGGUGUUGCUGAGGAAUGACCUUGGAUCAAGCAAAACAUUUACAGUUCAGGGCAGUCCAUUUGUGCAGAUGGGGGGACGCUCUGGGGGGACAGCUCAGGCCAUGAGCUCACAGCAGGCUCUGGGGUCACAGCAGGCUGAGGUCACAGCAGGCUCUGAGGUCACAGAGGUGCCAGAGCCCCGUGGUUGCACAGCACCACAAGGAGCCAGCAGUCAGUCCUUGAGCACAACUGUUGCGGCAGCAGCGGCGGUGGCAGCAGUGGUGCUGACAUUGGGACAGCGGUGUCAGGACAGUGGUGGCAGCAAGAGCUGGGGACUGGCAGAGGGCAAGGCACCAUGGCCCUUGCUCUGCGCCUCUUCCUCACGCUCCUCCUGGCCGUGGCCCUGCCUGCCAGGGCUGCCCAGGCUGCUCCGCUGCAAGCGCGGGGAGCAGCUUGGGAUGGCGACAUGGCUUAUCCGGAUGCCCAAUUGGAUGACAGCUUGGAGAAUUCUGUUGGCGAGAUUCUCUUGGAGAAUGCUGGAGGUCCUUCUCCAUGGAAGAACGCAGACACCGGAGACAAGAAAUCCCUGGAGGCAGCCAAACAUCUGGACCAGAUGCUGAGUGAUCUGGAGAGACGCCGUGAGAUGAAGCGAAAGGCUGUGCUGAAGGCAGCAUUUCCUGGAGGAAGCAGUGGCCCAUUGGCAGCCCCUGCUGCAGGAAGUGAGGCGAUGCCAGGCACAGUCACAGGAGCUUGGGAUGGCGACAUGGCUUCUCCAGAUGCACUAUUGGAUGACAGCUUGGAGAAUUCUCUUGGAGAGAAUCUCUUGGAGAAUGCUGGAGGUCCUUCUCCAUGGAAGAACGCAGAUACCGGAGACAAGAAAUCCCUGGAGGCAGCCAAACAUCUGGACCAGAUGCUAAGUGAUCUGGAGAGACGCCGUGAGAUGAAGCGAAAGGCUGUGCUGAAGGCAGCAUUUCCUGGAGGAAGCAGUGGCCCAUUGGCAGCCCCUGCUGCAGGAAGUGAGGCGAUGCCAGGCACAGUCACAGGAGCUUGGGAUGGCGACAUGGCUUCUCCAGAUGCACUAUUGGAUGACAGCUUGGAGAAUUCUCUUGGAAAGAAUCUCUUGGAGAAUGCUGGAGGUCCUUCUCCAUGGAAGAACUCAGACACCGGAGACAAGAAAUCCCUGGAGGCAGCCAAACAUCUGGACCAGAUGCUGAGUGAUCUGGAGAGACGCCGUGAGAUGGACCAAAGGGCUUUGCUGAAGGCAGCACUUCCUGAAGGAAGCCGUGGCUCCGUGCCAGCCCCCGAUACACGAAGGGAGGAGAUGCCAGACAGUGCCACAGAAGAGGUUAUCAGUGAAACAGGAAUAUUUGCCCCGGAUCCAGUGCGCCUCCCAAGAAUUGUCUGCCCCCAGGAUGUGCGCAGGUCCUGCAUGAUAGGCACGGUGGUGACACUGUUCACCGUGCCCCUCGUGCUGAUCGGCUGCUAUCUUGGCAUUCGGAAGCUGUACCAGAGCAGACGGUCAGUUGUUGAUUUUUCUCCACAGCUUUCUUGUAACUCUGCUCAUAGCAUUGGUAGCCUGAGUCGUAGUCAUGCUGCACUGGAGCUGUGGCCAGUCCGUGGUUGUCCAAAGAACUCUGCUGAGGGCUCUGCUGCUGCCCAGUGCUUUCAUUGGCCUCUUCAUUGCUGGGCCUUGUCCUGGGGGGCCCGCUGGGGCUGCAGCCAGUGCUGGCUCCCACUGAGGCUGCCAGGCCAAGAGCAGCCCCGGGGGCACAGGGCAGAGGCAGAGCAAGUUCUCAACAGUAUUUGGGCCACACAGCUCAGGACAGGACAGUGCUUAUUUAGUAGCUCAUGUAAAGUUUCAUGGUGACAGUGAUGUUACCAGACAAGCAAAUUUGCUCCAGUUCAGUGUUCAAACAAAUCCAACCUGAUGAAGGUUUAGCUUUGGCCUUGAGGCUUUGCUCUUUGUGUGAGCCCUGUUCUGGAUUGAUUCCCACUCAGUCUUGGAGCCUGUUUUGGGUGAAGGCUCAUCCCGGCCCUGACCCUUGGCAGUUCUGGGCUCAAAGGCACCGCCGAGGCCGUACUGCACGUGACUGGGCUUCAGGGCUCCAUUAGCAAAGGGCUUUGAGAAGUUUAAAUUACUGUAUUCUUACUCUUUGGUUUUCUUUAUGGAAUUCCUUCCCUUUUUUUUAAACUUAAUUUUAAAAAAACAAAUUCUU